AUGAAUCCGAUGAAUGUUCCAAGAGCUGAAAGGACUCAACAUUCAACGAAUGAUGCAGUCCCUAAAUGCCCUCCCAGAAUGCUCUGGCUGAAGGCUAACGUGUUGACAAUGAUGGGGCCUUACCUAUCACGGCUGUCUUUAGAGGAAGCAAAGACCAUCCCUAAAGAAGAGCUAUGUGAGUUUUUCAGGACUCCAGAUUUUUCUCCGUCAUUUCAAAAUGUUAGUGGAAUGCAGCCCGCUCUUGGCCGAACACUUUUUCAACGCUUGAAACAAGAGUGUUCCAGCAGUGACAAUUUCACUCACUAUAUGGACAGGUUGGGCUCCCUGGCGUGUUUCUUUGAUGGUGCGCCGUCACUAAAUCUGAAUCUUAGUAGAAAACUGCUGUCUCAGAUUGAUACCUGUAACAACCCUGAAAUAGACACGGUGAAAAGACAACUAGUACAGAAAAUUCUGGAGAAAGAUGACCAUUCCUCCUCUCCUGAGAUUCUGCUGUCUCUGGGAUCCGGCGUUUCUGUCCUUCCUCUUUCCAGGCUGUCCCGCUUCACCUCUGAGGACCUGAACAACACCCUCACCAGCUUGAGUCAGGCCAAGUGGAGCCCAGCUCAAGCUAAGACUCUGGCUAAGAAACUGUUGGAAGCUGCUAAGAAUAUAAGUGGUGAGAAGUUGUUGUCUCUGGGUACGAUGGUGAGAGGGGUGGCCAGUUCCCUCCUCAAGAAUGUGAAGGCAGAAGGGCUGCUGGGAAAUGAAGCCCUGAAAACUAUGAGUGAGAAGAUGUCCUCCCUACAAAGAACAGCAAUACUAGAAGCGUUCCGUCGUGAUGUAAAUGCAUCUGAACUGGUGAAGGGGUUGCCAGAUUCUCUCCUCUCUUCUCUGUCUCUGUCCAUUCUGGAGAAGGCAGACCUCAGCUCUGUGGAUCAGCUGCAGGGACGCGGCUGGACUCGUGCUCAAUCAGCAUUCCUUCUGAAGAAGAUUUUGGGUAAUAGCAUCAACCUUGGAGAAUUACGGAAGCUGGGUCAGGCUGUACAGGGUGUCACUUGUGAAAUGAUUGAAAAAAUCAAUCAAACUGAUGUUUUGGAAAUGGCACAGAUACUUAACGAAUCCUUCGCAUGGCUCUCCAGGGUUCAGAUUCGCUGUACAGCUCAAAAAAUCUUUGCAAGUCUGGAGGAACAGAGACCAGGAUAUUUCACGAACAUUAACACCUCUGAGCUUCAGGCUAUCCCAUCGAUACUACUUAUCCAUCUACCAGUGGAGCAGAUUCAAAACCUGUCAGAUGCUGUGUGUCCUGCUUUCAUGGAAAAGAUGAAGCAAGUCAACCUGUCAUCUCUGCCGAACAGCUCUCCAGCACGCUACACACUUACUAAAAGAGCCAUCGGCUGCCUGAAGGGGAACGUGUCUGAUCUGUCUGCGGCAGAGGUUUUGACUCUAGGCCCUCUGGUGUGUGAGUUAGACCCAGCUUGGAUUUCCUCUCUGAACCCUGCAGCUCUGAACUCCACGCUGAAGGCUCUCGUAUCCUGUCAGUAUAUCCAGCAACAGCACAGAGAGCAUCUGUUCAGACUGCUUACAACCACCUACGGGGACCCUGCUUACUGGUCAGAGGAAGACAUGAGGGUGCUUGGGCCACUUUUGUUACUUAAUGACACUGUUAUUGAAAAGCUGCCGGCCAAAAGCUGGAUGAAGUCAUAUCUGUCAGACCUGAUGGACAGUUUGCCCAGUCAGCCUUUGGUUCCUCUUCCCAAGGAGUUCAGCUCUUGGUUUGAUCUCUCUGCACUUCAGCGCAAGCUUUUUGAGCUCAGAACGAGUAGCACACUACUGAACCGCAGGAAGCGUGAAUUGGUGUCCACCGUAACAGAGCCCACGCUCACUUAUAUUGAGGACCUCAAACAGUGCAAUGUAUACUGGACUCCCACCCAGCUCAGUAAAAUGACUGUGCAGACUUUCAAAGAUGCUGUGCCAACAUUAGGACAGAUAACCAAUUACAGCACAGAACAACUGGCUGCACUCAGAGCAAAAACUCUGGAGGCAUGGCAGAGUGUUUCCAUGUUGAAUGAGUCCCAGAUGUCUAAUCUGGGCUGCAUCUGCCAGAGCUUCAGUGCUGAUGAGCUGGCCAAGCUCAGCAUUGCUUCACUGGACACACUGGAGACACUGACUGCUUGCAACUUUACACAGACACAGAGGACAGCCGACUGGAAGGCCUUUGAAAGGGUGGCUGGCAUCAGUGUGGCUGGACUAGGACAUCUGGAAAUUGUGGGACUGGGACAGUUCGUCUGUGGUCUACAACCUGGCCAGAUUGAUCAGCUCAAUUCCUCCAGCUUCAGGGAGGCAGUAGAGGCGCUCGGUCGUGCUCCUUGUCCUCUGAACUUUAGAGAGCUUCUGAAGGAAAAAGCAGUGGCUGCGUUUGGGAAACCAAAAACCUGGACUGAAGCUCAAGUCAGCAUUCUGGGCAACAUCAUUGCUGGUUUAAGUGCUGCUGAGCUGGGAAGUCUAAAUCCAACCGUCCUGCCAUUCAUUCAGCCGUCCGCCAUCCCUCUCAUACCUUCAGAACGCUUAGCUGCAUUGUCGGUCAGCCAGUUGAAGGCUUUGGGUCCUGACAAUGCUGCUGCGGUAACAGAGGCUCAGCGUGCAGGCCUCAGGGUCGAUCAAAGGGCCGCACUGGAUGAAGCCAUGGAACUGAAAACUGCAGGCACUGGAUGCUCCACUGGAAUCUCCAAUCCAGGCUCUGGUGGAUCAGUCCCACUGCCACUAAAAGGAGGUGCAGCAGUAGAGAGCAAGGCAGGAUGGGUCCUCCUCAUGCAGGCCAUUGCACUGCUGAUGUUUGGAUACAUUCUCUAAGGAGCAGAAGGUCAAAGGCCACAGGAUGCCAUGUGUCAGAGAGAAGAUUCAGCUACUGCUGUGUGAUCAACCAGCAAACCAGUAGAUUUCAGAAAUGUUAUAAUUGCUUUAUUUCAAAACUAGGUUUUAAAAUGCU